AUGCCUGGCAUUUCAACAUAAAUAUGUCAACAGUUGAUGUAAAAUAUUGACCUCUGGCGACAUCUUAUCUAAACAUUGACUAGGUGUAAUAAAAGGCAUAGAAACAAGGUCAUAAUUCCAUACUGCUUUAGACAAAAUAAAAUGCUCGAAAUGAGGUUAGCAGCAACAACAAGUUUGUUAGUUAUGUUUAGUUUUCGUGCAUUUGGAGAUUUUGCGUGUAUCUGUAAUUACGCUGUUGAAAAAAGCGUAUUCUCAACAACCAGCGAACAGGACAGCCCUAUUGGAUACAUGUACGAGUUUGAUUGUAAACAGAAACUAGAUAUGACCCCAGAUCAACCAGGAUGGUAUAAAGUCGCAUUUGAACAUAAGGUUGGGUACAUUCGUAUAGAUGAAAAGACAGAAGAGCAGCUAUGUCCUGGUGACCCACCUGGGGAAGACACUGUGACGACAGUAGCACAUUCUGUUAUAUCAACCACAACAACACUAACUACAACUACUACCGUAGUGUCAACUUCGUCACCAUCAUCAGCAGCAGUACCGUUGUCAACGCAACCAGUAUCUACAAGUACACAAACUUUACCGUCACUUAUUUCUCAAAAGCAAACUACGACAGAAAGCAAUAACCCAACAACGGAAACUUCGCGACAAACUUCUACAAUUGGUUAUGUUGAAACUACCACAACAAAAUCACAUAAUUCAUUUAGCUUAGGUAAUACGAGCAUGUGUUCGGAUACCGUUCGUACAUUUACACAAUCCAACCAUGGUGUCCUUGCGCAAUUUGAUAACAACUGUUAUGCUUUAAUCAAAAUGUAUCAACAUUGGUCCACGGCGGAGCAAAACUGUAACUCAGCAGGUGGUCAUUUAGUAGACAUAUCAACACGUUUGGAACAAGAGUUUCUUUACAAUUUUCUUCAAACGUAUAAUAGACACUCUAUAUGGAUUGGACUUAGUGAUAUACAAAAUGAAGCACAUUUUAAAUGGUCGUCAGGGGAACGAUUCUAUUUUGUUAAUUGGGCAAACCAUACCCACUUCUCGGACAGCUUUGAAGACUGUGUUGUUAUGGAUAUGCAUUUACAUGAUGGAAGGUGGGACGAUCGUGAAUGUAUGUUCGAGGCGUACCCUUACAUAUGCAAAUUUGGAACUGUAGUAACAGGCGGUGAAAUUUCUACACAGAUGUCAAUUGUAAACAUAAGCUCUAACUUCACAGAUGGUAAUAUACAUCUUUGUCCAAGAAGUAUCAAAAGUAAUUCUGCGUUUCACGGGACCGUACUUGGACAGUACGAACGUGGGUGCUAUGAACUCAUUCUCAACUCUAAGGUUUCCUGGGAGCACGGUGAAAAUAUAUGUCAGGCAAAGGGUGGUCAUUUAGCACACAUAAGUAAUGCCGACCAACAAGCGUUUAUAGAGAGUUUCAUGCGGCGUCAUAAUUCUAACCAUGCUGUAUGGAUAGGACUUCACGAUACUUUGACAGAAGGACACUUUCAAUGGACAGCCGGAACAGCCGUCCAGUAUACAAAUUGGAUACCCGGACACGACAACAAUAGUCCAGCAGGGCACAAUUAUGAAGACUGUGUGGUAUUUGUACCACAGCAGCAAGGUUACUGGGACGACGUACCAUGUGGGUUCGAGGAAAUAUUUGACAUGAUUCCGGAGAGUCACACUACGCAUUUUGUCAAUAUAAAAUUGAAACUGCUGUUAGCAUAGUGGGGUGAAUUAUUGUGUAAGAAAAUAUCAGAUAUGUUGAUAAAAACACUGUUACAAAAUAAAAAU